CUAAACUGCACGCUGCACUUUGAAUGGGCUAACUUCAUUCCCUAUUGACGUGGUGAAAACUAGCUUUACAUGUUCAGGACGUCUGCUGGGAAAAUAAUGAACUCGAAAUGCGGCGAAUAUUACGAAAUAGAAUCAUAUUUAUAGCUUAUUUCAUAGUUUCCACGGGAAGCAUAAUAUGGUUAGUAUCAACAUGCGGACCCGGAUGCACAACGGAACAUGUUGGAGGAGACUCUAUGGCAGAUUAUUACAAACAUGAACUAGAAAGGACUAGAGCAAACGUGAGGCAAACUGAAAAGAAAAUUAGAACUAUCACUCAAACCUUGAACAAGCAAUAUGCCAAAGCUGCCGAUGCUGUCAAUGAGAUACUAGGCAUUGAAAGCCCUCAGAUUCCAACCAUCUAUGCAAUCACACCUACCUACACCAGGCCGGUCCAGAAGGCUGAGCUGGUGAGGUUGACCCAGACUUUUCUCCAUGUAAGCAACUUUCACUGGAUUGUGGUGGAGGAUUCCGAGAGGAAGACCCAGCUUGUGUCAAGAUUCUUGACAAACUCUGGCCUGCCCUACACUCACCUGAAUGUCAAAACAACGGACGAGUACAAAUUAAAAGAGAAUGAAGCUUCUUGGAGGAAACCUCGUGGUGUUGAUCAGAGGAAUAUUGGUGUUGACUGGAUUCUAGAGAAUGUUCCUCAAGCUGAGGAAGGGGUAGUCUACUUUGCAGAUGAUGACAACACAUACAGCUUGCAGAUUUUUGAUGAGAUGAGAACAACUCAAAAGGUGAGUGUAUGGCCUGUGGGACUAGUUGGCGGGCUUCGCUUUGAGCGCCCUCUCUUGAAUGAUGCAGGAAAGGUGUCCUCGUGGUACACAGUGUGGGAACCCAACCGACCCUUUGCAAUGGACAUGGCUGGCUUUGCAGUGAGUCUGAAACUCUUCAGGCAGCAACCACAUGCUAGGUUUGACAUCACCUCAAGGAGGGGUUACGUGGAAUCGUCUCUUCUUGUUCAGCUAGGGAUUAGGAAGGAAGACUUGGAGCCUCUUGCAGAGAAGUGUUCAAAGGUACUGGUCUGGCACACGAGGACCGAGAAACCUAAAUGGAAACAGGAGGACAAACUGAUCACACUUGGAAAACCAUCGGAUCCGAGAAUAGAAGUGUGAUCAAGUCUGCUGAAAUUAGGAAUAUCCAUUCUGGCUCGAGAUGGUAAACCACUUCAAGAAAUAGGAUA